AUGUUCCACAGGAAGGGAUUUGAACCAGGGAUAAACACAACUCACAUUGGUGACUUGUCGCACAACUCGACGUACAUUCCCCAGCCAGGUUCAUAUACCGGAGCAGUGCAGACGAACUUAACUCAUGCGUCAAAUGAGAAAAAUCUGACAAUGACAACACUAGACUCAUCUUUAGGGAAGACUAUCAACGAGAGUCAGUUAGUUUUACAAAACAAUUCAAUAGAACUGCAACAAGCUAAUGCUAGUAGCGUUACAAGUUGUGAUUUCCCGGUAGUUGAUCCAUUCGAUAAAGUCCUGCAGAAUAUCACCAAAAAAUUCCCACCCAUCGACUGCUCAAGUCAGACGCCACACCUUGUGUACGCACAAGACGACACGAUAUUCAUCAACCACACCAAAGUUCGAGACUUAUUUUUCACCAGGUCUACUUUCAGGCGUUGUAGGUACGAGGCUCGAGUUCGAGACGUGGAUAAAAGUGAUUCGAAAACAAAACUGAUUUACACCAGUCCGUAUUUUACUCACUCCAUAAAAGUCACCCAUGAUUACGUUGUUGUUGUAUGUUACACAAAAUAUAGCCGAGUUAUAUCCAGAUCGUACUUGACAUUUAUCCGUAAAAAACCGAACCUCGAGUCUGAAUUAAAAGCCAAGUAUGAGGCACACGUUGAGCUCCACGCACCCAAAGAAACUUUGAGCGUCAUGAUGGUGGGGAUUGAUGCCAUGUCCAAAAACAAUUUCCAGCGUGCCAUGCCGAAGACGAGAAACUUUCUUCUAGAAACUAUGAAAGCUGUUGAGUUGUACAAACAUAAUAAAUUCGGACAGAACACGUUCCCUAACGUGGUUGGUCUACUUACCGGAAGCAACGAAGAAUCGCUAGUGAAACUAAAUUAUUCAUGGGAUAUGCCUAUGGAUAAUGUGAACCACGCCUUUUUGUGGAGUGCUUACGGUAAUGCCGGAUACAGAACUGGGAUGUUCUUAGACAUGACGCAGAUAACGGCUUUUCAUUACCAGAAGAAAGGAUGGACCAACCCUCCAGUGGAUUACUACUUCCGGGAGGUUGUGGUUGAUUCAGAGAAGGACCGCAUGAUGAGAAAAAACAGCAACUGUAUCGGUGACGUCCCGGACAUCCGCCUGUUGACCGACUACUGGGUCCAGCUAGCGUCUUUGUUCAACAACUCCAAAACAGAGCCGUACUUUACUUACAGUUUCUCAGCCCGCUUGACCCACGACGAUGAGAACAGAGCCAGCGCUGCUGAUGAACUUUAUUUCCAAUUUUUACAAACUUUGGUGGACAAGAAAGUUCUAAACAACACGGUGCUUGUCUUCUUCAGUGACCACGGGCCCAGGUUCGGGGCCAUAAGGUCAACUUACAACGGCAUGCUAGAAGGCCGAAUGCCUUUAAUGUUCCUCGUGUUCCCGCCGUGGUUCCAUACCAAAUACCCGCAGCUGAUGGAAGUUGUGAAAACCAACCAACAUCGUCUGACGACCCACACGGACGUCUACGAGACUUUGAUUGACCUGCUGUACUUUAAAGCAGAGGCCGGGAAAGGAAGUCUCAACCAGCCUAGGAUCAGCUUGUUCAAAGAGAUUCCAGAAGGACGCACGUGCCAGCACGCGCUGAUUCCAGUCGAGCACUGCGUCUGCAACGGUUUUUCAAAAGCUGAAAUAACCUCAACGUUGACUGAGUUUCUCGGCCGAAAACUUGUCGUGCGAGUGAACGACUACAUUACAGGAAAACUAAGGGCUCGCUGCUCCACGUUACACUUAAAACAAGUCACAAACCUCAUAGCAGUCCAACCCGACAGUUCCGGGUCCAAACGAUACCAGGUCACCGUACUGACCGAGCCAAACAGCGCCAUCUAUGAAGGUAUUGUAACAAUCAACGACCACAACGAGGUGGUGGGUACGAGUGACGUCACGAGACUCAACCUCUACAGGGGUCAGGCGGAGUGUAUCAGUGACCCCAAAUUACGACCGUUCUGUUACUGCAAAAGAAAACGCGGAUAA